CAGGUCCUAACUGAGUUUCGUAGAUGUGGAUAGGAAGAUCUAGGACAUCCGCCAGUCGUUGUCCCAUAGCUUGACCAGGCCUACAGAAAAAGGUUUUCAGUCGCAUUAGAGGUCAUCAGUUGAAUUGACGUACAUAAACUAUUCAUCAUGACAACAAAGGUUGCAGUGGUAACUGGUUCCAACAAAGGAAUAGGGUAUGCCAUUGUAAGAGGCCUGUGUAAGCAAUUCCAAGGUGAUGUUUUUGUGACAGCAAGGAAUGAAGAACUUGGUAAAAAGGCGGUUCAGAGCUUAAAUGAUGAGGGCUUUAACCCAAAAUUCCAUCAACUUGAUAUCAAUGAUCAAACCAGCAUCGAAGCGUUUCGAGACUUCAUCAAGAGUACGUAUGGAGGCUUGGAUGUUUUAGUAAAUAAUGCAGGUAUCGCAUAUAAACAAGCUUCAACUGCCCCUUUCAGUGAGCAGGCUGAAGUUACGAUGAAAACAAACUACUUUGGAACUGUCGCUCUAUCAGAUGCAUUUUUCCCGCUUCUGAGACCGCAUGCCAGGGUGGUCAAUGUAUCUAGUAUGGCUAGCAGCUAUUCCGUCAGGAAAUGCAGUCCCGAAAUGCAAGCUAAAUUUCUGAAUCCUAACAUAACAAGAGAGGAACUGACGAAAUUACUGAAUGAUUUCGUACAGGCGGCAAAGACGGGAGGUCAUCAAAAGGAAGGCUUUGCGGAUAGCUCUUACGGAAUGUCAAAAAUCGGAGUUACGGUGCUCUCUCAAAUCCAAAAUCGCCAGCUUUCUACUGAUCCCAGAGAGGACAUCAUCGUCAAUGCUUGCUGUCCAGGAUAUGUGGAUACUGAUAUGUCCUCUCACAAAGGUCCAAAAACCAUCGACGAAGGCGCGGACACGCCCAUUUAUUUGUCUCUUCUUCCAGAAGGGACCAAGAGCCCUACUGGCGACUUUGUUGCAGGCAAAGAAAUACACAAAUGGAAUGAGUAUACAUAUAAAUUUUGAAGUUUAUAGUAAAUAAAAAAGUGCUCGACAUGUUCAACACGUUCGUCAGAUCAGUUAGAUUACUUUGUCUUCUGCAGUAUACAGUGAUAGCAGAAUACUGUCUUCUUGAUAUAUAAAUGAUGUUACUUAUAAUUGGCUGUAUUACGUACAAGAAUAAACGGACACGUAUUAGUU